AUGGAACUCUACACAGACGGGGUAGAGGGAUCUUUUCCAUCGGCUUAUGAUGCCGUCUCCAACCUUAUGCAGAAAGGGGGAAUAUUCCAAUGCUGUAACUGGGGAGGACAGCUCACCAAUCACAAUGGAAGAUGCCCAACCUUAGUUUCAGGCUGGGCAUGGCUUCCAAGCAACAUUCUGGAUUUGAUUCUAGAAAAGUUGAUCCCAAUUUCUGACUAUAUCCGAUUUAGUGCAGUUUGCAAGCAUUGGCAAUCAGUCGCUUUACAUCGCAAGAAGCAGCCCAUCAAAUCAUGUCACAAGCAGAUUCCUAUGCUCAUAAUUCCCACCAUAGACGGUAGCAGCGAAAGGCGUGGCUUGUAUAGUGUGACACAAGUAAGAGGUUCUGUGGUUCUUCCCAUGGGUUGGUUGGCUUGUGUGGAUGAGAAUCUGGUAGUAACCCUCUUAAACCCUUUUACCGGGUGUACCAUUAGCCUUCCACCAGUCCCCAAAUCCACUUGGAGAUCGACGGUAGCUUAUAGAUGUGAUUACUACAUUAAUAAAGUUGAAUUGUCUGCAGACCCUUCUUUUCUUCCUAAUGAAUAUGAAGUAUUGGUCAUCUAUGAUGGCUAUGGGAAACAAAUAGCCCAUUUUAAGUCAGGGGACGAUGCUUGGACUAGCAUAGAUCAAUUGAUCGGAUUCGAUGAUGUAAUUUACAAUAAAGGCCAGUUUCUAGGUGUUAGUUUGGGUGGUAGUGUUUUUUCGAUGAAUGUUAGCAGGGAUCAAACUACCGAACCCCAUGUAAGCUUACUUGUGCCAAUGGAUCCAGACACUGACAAUAAAUCAUACCUUGUGCAAUCAUCCAAGGGAGAUCUUUUGCUGGUUAGGAAGUUCAAACGAGUAAAAUAUGUAAGCAGUUUAUGA